CGGAUGCAUAAUAGCUGCUCACUGUGUGGGUUCGGCUGCAGAGUGGGACACAGGCUGGAAUUUCAGGACAGACAGACAGACAGACAGAGAGAGACAGACACUUUAUGGUGGUGGUGGUGGUCAUAACUCGCAUCACAUCAGUGAGAGUACACCAGAGGAGAAGAGGACUGUGUCCCUGUGGAUGGUGAUUUACAUUUGACUGACAGAGAAGCACAAUGGAGGCAAACGGCACAGCUGGAAAAAUGGGUCUGGAGGGUGAUUCAGAUCUCCAGUUCCUCCUCAUCGGCGGGGUCCUGCUCAAGAUCCGCUCAAACUCCUGGAAGAAGAGCCGCUUCUUCAGACUGCAGGAGGACUGCAAGACCAUCUGGCACGAGUCCCAACGACUGUUCAAGAAAAAUCAGUCUUUCUCCAUUGACGACAUUGAUUCGGUGCGUAUGGGCCGUCAGUCUGAGGGACUUAACAAGCACACCAACCCCACUGAUGAAGAGCGGUGCUUCUCCAUCAUUUUCAAGGGCCGCAAGAGAAACCUCGACCUGAUGGCCUGCAACAAUGACGAGGCGAAGCAGUGGGUCAACGGCCUGAACAAGAUCAUCAACAACAUGCGCAACCUCAGCCGCCAGCAGAAGAGCGAACACUGGAUCCUCAACUGCAUGCGAAAAGCGGACAAGAACGCAGACAACAAGAUGACCCUGAAGGAGCUGAAGCACUUCCUGCGACAGAUCAAUGUCGAAUGUGAUGAUACUUACGCUGAGGACAUUUUCAAGAAAUGUGACAAGUCCAAUUCUGGAACCCUGGAAGGUGCAGAAAUCGAGCACUUCUAUGAACUUCUAACGCACCGGGAGGAGAUAGAUGUGAUUUACGGGAACUAUGCUCACACAGAGGGUCAGAUGAGCGCCAACGACUUGCUGGACUUCCUGCUAAACGAGCAAAGGGAGCAGGCGACCAUGAAUGACGCGCUCAAGUUGAUCGAGAAACACGAGAUCGAUGAAACAGCGAAGCAGAAGAAGCACAUGACGAAAGAUGGCUUCCUGAUGUACCUGCACACAGAGGACGGAUCCAUCCUGAACCCUGCCCACAAACGAGUGUACCAGGACAUGAGCCAGCCCCUCAACCAUUAUUACAUCUCCUCCUCACACAACACAUACCUGAUGGAGGACCAGCUCAGAGGACCCAGCAGCACAGAGGCCUACAUCAAAGCACUGAUGAAGAGCUGCCGCUGUGUGGAGCUGGACUGCUGGGACGGGGCCAAUGGGGAGCCGGUGAUCUAUCACGGCUACACGCUGACAUCCAAAGUGCUCUUCAGAGACGUCAUCAAAGCUGUUAAAGAAUAUGCCUUCAAGACGUCCGACUACCCUGUCAUCCUGUCCCUGGAGAACCACUGCUCCGUGGAGCAACAGAAGCUCAUGGCCCAUCACAUGAUCGCCAUUCUCGGCGACGCCUUGGUCACGAAGCCUCUGGGCAGCACUGUACCCGCCAGCUUCCCAUCACCUGAGGAGCUGAAGGGGAAGUUCAUCAUUAAGGGGAAGCGAAUGAACAAGCUGGAGGCCGCCUUCACCAACAACAACACCAUCGAAGAAGACACCGUGUCCGAGGAGGACGAGGCUGCAGACUGCACGGAGAAUGGACAAAAAACCAAGUCAAAGAAAUCAAAGAUGAAACUCGCCAAAGAGCUCUCGGACCUCGUCGUCUACUGCAAGAGCGUCCAUUUCAGCGGCUUCGAACACGCCAAGGACAACCAGGCCUUCUACGAGAUGUCGUCCUUCAAGGAGAGCAAAGCUUUCAACCUGGCUGACACCUCAGCGAACGCCUUCAUGCAUCACAACAUGGACAAACUCAGCCGGAUCUACCCAGCGGGCUCCAGAACCGACUCCUCCAACUACAACCCUGUGCCCAUGUGGAACGUCGGCUGUCAGAUCGUGGCACUGAACUUCCAGACUCCCCACAAAGAGAUGCACAUAAAUCAGGGACGCUUUCUGCCAAAUGGUUUCUGUGGCUACAUCCUGAAACCCGAAUUCCAGAGAAGUUUGUCCUCCCAGUUUAAUCCUAAUACGCCCACCGAGGGGCCCUGGGGAAAGAAGAAGGACUUCCAUGUCAUGAUCAUCUCAGCUCAGCAGCUACCAAAAAUCAACAAGGACAAACACAAGUCCAUCGUGGACCCUCUGGUCAGGGUGGAGAUCCACGGCGUUCCAGCGGACAACGCCAGCAAGGAGACGCACUACAUCAAUAACAACGGGUUCAACCCCAUGUGGAACGAGAGCUUCCAGUUCAGCAUCCACGUCCCGGAGCUGACCAUGGUGCGAUUUGUGGUGGAGGACUAUGACGCAACAUCCCAGAAUGAUCACGUCGGGCAGUACUGUCUACCGCUCACCAGCAUACAGAACGGCUAUCGCCACGUCCCACUGCUCACCAAGCGCGGUGACGUCAUCUGCUCGGCCGGACUGUUCGUGCACCUCAUGGUCAUGGACGCCGCGUAGACUCGUAUGUGGAAAAAUGAAGCUGCGCCCCAGGAAACCGCUUCUUUUU